AUGCGCUUCUCACAGAUUUUGAAAGGUGCUCGUCGCCUUCCAAUGACUUCUAAAAUGGGUCAUAAUUAUUACAAGGGAACACGAACUGGAAAAAUGGGAAAUAUUGAUAAACACGGCAGGUUUACUCCGGAUUACGCGCGUAUUCGCACGUACGUGCCUCCACGGAAUUUAUGUUCAUUACAACCCUUUGUGUCCAGACGCGUUGUCCCCCCUCGACCCAAGUACCCAGCUGGCGCGAUUGGUUUAGAUGGACGUGUUUUCCUUUCGCUUGUGGGCAACCACGAUUAG